GCGGCGACUACGAACAUGGCGGUGAGAGGCGAGGGUCCCCGUGACCGUUGUGCUGCCCUUCCCUCCGCAGCCUCCGGUCCGCCCUGCCCGGGACGCGGCCGUGAGGGCGCCGCCGCCUCGCGAAAGCCCAAGAAGAAGGAGAAGGCCCGGAGCGCGGCGAAUGUGCGGGACGGCGGCGACCCGGCCGCGGAGGGCGCCCCGCCGAGCGCCGAGGCCCAGGCUGAGCAGCUGGCCCGGGAGCUGGCCUGGUGUGUGGAGCAGCUGGAGCUGGGCCUGAGGACACGGAAAGCCACGGAGAGACAGAGAGAGCAGGCCGCUGGUGCCCUGCGGAGCCUGCGCAGUGAACGGACACCCCUGCCCCGCAAGCGGCAGCUGAUGCGCACCUUGUUCGGAGACUACCGCGCUCGCAUGGAAGCCGAGUCGCUGGAGGCCCUGCGGUCCCUUCGGGCUGCUGCUCGGACCGCGAGGGUGCAGCCUGUCGCAGAGGCCGCCAGGAAGAAGAGCCGGACGGUCUGCAGGCCCCGUCCAGCUUCUAGAGCCGAGGCCGCUGUGGGCAUGCCUGAGGAAGAGUUCAAGUUCAAUUUCUUCUAGUCUUCACAGUGGAUUCUAUGGUGCUACGUGGAGGUCUGGGCGGAUGCAGGCCUGGUGCCUGGGUCCAGUCCAUCAGGCCAGCACAGGUGUCCACAUCUCUCCCAAGAGGGAGAGAGGAAGGGCGUGCAGGCUCUUCAAGAGGUUAUCAAGUAUCUUGCCAGUCGGACUUGUUGGAAAGCUGCAUUUUGUACACUGAUGCUUAAAUUUGAUAACGUGCACAUUAAAUAUUUCAUUGUUUAACACA